CCAGAAUCCUACCCAGACUCCAGAUCCCAGAAUCCCGCACCGCAAAUCUAACCCGAGUGCCCAGUCGGCUGACUGCGGACGUGACCAAGUUGGGAACUGGGCUUCCACGAAAAGCCUGACCGCGGACGUACUUGGUGUUCGGGUGAGCGGUCCACUGUCCUCUCCCACCCGUCUCCAGCCCCGGAAAGAUGGUGUCGCCCGGCUCCAGGCUCCUGGAGCAGGCUGUAAGGUAGCGCCCGCCCUACCCUGGAAUGUGGGCCUUGAGAGCGAGCGAGGUGGGAGGGACCCCAGCGGGGAGGCGGGCUGGGCCCGGGCGGCGAUAGGGACGGCCGCAGCCGCGGGCGGUGGGAGGAGCCGCGCGGUUCCGGUUGCCGGGCCGGGCGACCCUUGGGUCGGCGAGGCGAGGCGAGGCGAGGUGGCCGGACAGGUAGGCGAGCGGGCGGUCGCAGCUCUCAAGCAGGCGCUGGCGGCCGAGUCCGCGGCGCGCCCCUGGCACCCGCGGCCUCCCGUGCCGCGGCGGGGGAGUGAGGAGAUGCCUACCCAGAGGGACAGCAGCACCAUGUCCCACACGGUGGCGGGCGGCGGCAGCGGGGACUACUCUCACCAGGUCCGCGUGAAAGCCUAUUACCGAGGAGAUAUCAUGAUAACACAUUUUGAGCCUUCCAUCUCCUUUGAGGGCCUUUGCAAUGAAGUUCGAGACAUGUGUUCUUUUGACAAUGAACAGCUUUUCACCAUGAAAUGGAUAGAUGAGGAAGGAGACCCGUGUACUGUAUCAUCUCAGUUGGAGUUAGAAGAAGCCUUUAGGCUUUAUGAGCUAAACAAGGAUUCUGAACUCUUAAUUCAUGUAUUCCCUUGUGUACCAGAACGUCCUGGAAUGCCUUGUCCAGGGGAAGAUAAAUCUAUCUACCGCAGAGGUGCACGCCGCUGGAGAAAGCUUUAUUGUGCAAAUGGCCAUACUUUUCAAGCCAAACGUUUCAACCGGCGUGCUCAUUGUGCCAUCUGCACAGACCGAAUAUGGGGACUUGGACGCCAGGGAUAUAAGUGUAUCAACUGUAAACUCUUGGUUCAUAAGAAGUGCCACAAACUUGUCACAAUUGAAUGUGGGCGACAUUCUUUGCCACCGGAACCUAUGAUGCCAAUGGAUCAGUCAUCCAUGCAUUCAGACCAUGCACAGACAGUAAUUCCUUAUAAUCCUUCAAGUCAUGAGAGUUUGGACCAAGUUGGUGAAGAAAAGGAGGCAAUGAACACCAGGGAAAGUGGAAAAGCUUCAUCCAGUUUAGGUCUUCAAGACUUUGAUUUGCUCCGAGUAAUAGGGCGAGGAAGUUAUGCGAAAGUCCUGUUGGUUCGAUUAAAAAAAACAGAUCGUAUUUAUGCAAUGAAAGUUGUGAAAAAAGAGCUUGUUAAUGAUGAUGAGGAUAUUGAUUGGGUACAGACAGAGAAGCAUGUUUUUGAGCAGGCAUCUAAUCAUCCUUUUCUUGUUGGACUGCAUUCUUGCUUUCAGACAGAAAGCAGGUUGUUCUUUGUUAUUGAGUAUGUGAAUGGAGGAGAUUUAAUGUUUCAUAUGCAACGACAAAGAAAACUUCCUGAAGAACAUGCCAGGUUUUACUCUGCAGAAAUCAGUUUAGCAUUAAAUUAUCUUCAUGAGCGAGGGAUAAUUUAUAGAGAUUUGAAAUUGGACAAUGUAUUACUGGACUCAGAAGGGCAUAUUAAACUCACUGACUAUGGCAUGUGUAAGGAAGGAUUACGGCCAGGAGAUACGACCAGCACUUUCUGUGGUACUCCUAAUUACAUUGCUCCUGAAAUUUUAAGAGGAGAAGAUUAUGGUUUUAGUGUCGACUGGUGGGCCCUUGGAGUACUAAUGUUUGAGAUGAUGGCAGGAAGGUCUCCAUUUGAUAUUGUUGGGAGCUCUGAUAACCCUGAUCAAAACACAGAGGAUUAUCUCUUCCAAGUUAUUUUGGAAAAACAGAUUCGCAUACCACGUUCUCUGUCUGUAAAAGCUGCAAGUGUUCUGAAGAGUUUUCUCAACAAGAUGGAGCAAAAGCAGGUGGUACCUCCCUUUAAACCAAAUAUUUCUGGAGAAUUUGGUUUGGACAACUUUGAUUCUCAGUUUACUAAUGAACCUGUCCAGCUCACUCCAGAUGAUGAAUGAGAAAACCGAGGCUCAGAGAGGUUAAGCAAAGUUACACAGCUGUCAGGUGGCAGUCAGGACUCAAACCCAGAUCUGACUAAGGCCUGUGCUCUUUCUACUGUGCUACUGCUUCCAAUUUUGAUGAUGAACAUCUUUGACUGAAUUUCUGAGUAUUACCUUAAAAAUUACAUCCAGCCUGCAGUGAUCUGAAAUAUUUUUGUGCUUGUGUUGCAUAUUUUUAAAAUACAGUUUGGGAUAACUUGUGGAUCAUUUAUCAUUCCAAAUUCAUUCUCUCUCAUCUCAAGGAGGCCUUUAUUAUCUGGCAGUCAUUUUACAUAUCUUAAUUCUGAUCACAUUCUUCCCAGCAGCUGUUCCAAGCGGUCUCUGUGUUUUAGCAGCCUCAGUCUGACCCCUGCCUCCAUCUCUCCUAGUGGGUUAACCUUGCCUUAGCUCUGCUGUGAGGAUUGAGACCUCAGGCUAUGUGAGCUUGUCUCCUUGGCAGCUGUCUCCAGGCUGCCUUGUAUUUCAGGAUUGCUCUCUAACUCUUCCCAACCUUUUUCUUGUCCCUACUCUGAGAAGGCUCUCCCUUUUUGGGAAGGGAUAGCCCUCUUAAUUUUCCUGGACUCAUUUCUUUAGUUUCCUUUGGGAUUUCAUUUUGUUGCUUCACCAUCUUUUGUCUGUCUGCCUGCCUGUCUGUCUGUCUGAGAUAGAGUCUCACUACGUAGGUCAGGCUGGACUUGAACUCAUGGCGAUUCUCCUGCCUUAGCCUCCCGAGUGCUGGGAUCACAGGCGUGUUCCACUGUGCCCAGCUGCUUCACUCACCAUCUUUGAUUUAUUUUUUCCAGCUUCUUUUCCUCUACUACAAGCAUACUUAGCCUGAUGUUUUUUCCCCUAAGUUUUAGCCUCUCUUUGUUUUUGUUUCAUUUUUUUGUUGUUUUUGUUUGUUUUGAGACAGAGUCUUCCCAUAUAGCCCA